UCAAUGUUUUGCUAUUAAUUUCCACAAAUUAUAAACAAUUUUAUUCUUGCUUGCGGGCUCUCAGGCGUAAUGCUGCGAAUUGAGCGUGUUCAUAACUUCUCCGACGCGCAUUAACUCUAAUUGAAAUGUAUUUUCCGGCCGCAUUCCAGGUGCUCUUCCUGACGCUCCUGGCGGCCUUUGGCUGGGCGGCCAACCUGCGGUACCUCUCGAUGGCGGGCAUCGAGGUGCGGCGAAUUCUGCAGCUCAGCGAGCUGCCAGUAGCGCAGAGAACGGCCGACAGGGGCACGCCAAACGACGGGCUGCACCAGAAGGUGUUCCGGCUGGCCACAGUGCUCAGCUGCAUAUCGCUCGCGGGCUGGCUGCUGUGCGUGCUUGUGGCAACGUCGCCGAGAAUGCAAACGUACAUUGCGCUGGUCACUUACGUUGUCAUUGGCGCCCUGGUGGCGAUGCCGCAGCGGGUGCUGUGCCAUACGGUGCGCAUGCAGUUUGUCGGGCUGCUUGUGCGCAUAGCCACGCCGAGUCUGUCCGAGCCCGUAUUUCUGUCCGACGUCAUCAUGGCCGACAUCCUGACCAGCUGCGCGCGCACCUUCGCCGACCUGUUCCUCGUCGCCUGCCAAUUCAGCACGCUUUUUGGCCGCACGCAGCCGGCCAAGCACAGCUCAGCCGACAUCGCGGGUCUGGAGGAGCUUGUGCGUAACCAGAGGGCGGCCAACGCGUGCGCCGAUGCCGGCAUUGUUGGCGCCAUUUUGGUGGCCCUGCCGUACAUGUUCCGCCUGCGCCAGUGCGUCAACGAGUAUGUGCGCGCGGUGCCCGGGGGCAGCGAUGGCCAGAGGCACUUUGCCAAUGCAGUCAAGUACGCGUCGUCCAUUCCCGUGAUCUGCCUGUCGGCGACACAGAGGCGCGUAGCGGUGGACGGAACCCUGGAGACAAAGUACUCAGACUGGGCGCUGCGCGUGGUUUUCAGUAUGUGGAUUGUGUCUGUGGCAUUUAACUCGCUGUACUCGUACUACUGGGAUGUGGCGCUUGACUGGAGCCUGGGCCAUAUGGACAACGGCAGCAAGCUGUCCGACCUUGUUGCACCACCGUCGUCACCGCGGUUGUCACAGGUGCCCCAAGUGCAGCAACAGCAGCGCUUGCGGAGGCCGAGGGCCGUGUCAAACGAGGAACACAACGUCAGCGUGGAUGCCCUGGACUCCAGCGACAGGAUGCCUGGAUCCUGGCACGCGGGCAGCGCCGACAAUGGCAGCGUGGCGUGGCGCAGCGGCUUCCCACGGUUCCUGCGCCCGCGCCUGUGCUUUGGAUCGCCCGAGGUGUACUAUGUGGCCAUGGCCGUGGACUUUUUGCUGCGAAUCACCUGGACUAUGAAGCUGACAUCCUAUGUGCAGAUCGACUUGAUGGCGUACGGCGGCUUCUGGCUCAACGUGUUGGAGAUUUACCGCCGCUGGCAAUGGACCUUUCUGCGUAUUGAGAAGGAGGCUGCUUUGGUCAAUAUCGACAAUUGAUCCUUCAUAUGUUUUUUAUCUGUGGCAAAUUUUAUGACAUUAAAAGUAAACAUUGGCAUUUCUUUGCUCACAC